CUUUCUCUAUAAUAAGCACGUGGCUUGUCCAUUCAAUUCGCAUAUGAAAAUAUUUCGAUUCUCUGUUCAUCGCUUUCUUGACUCUCAUUUCCGCAGCUCCAAUCUGAAUGAAAAGGCAAAAUGUUUAUUUUCAGAGCCAAUUGAUUCGGGACAAACCUGCCGUACCAUGUAUACAGAAGUUUCAUAAACAGUCUUUUGUAUUACUGGACUUGAGGCUUGUGAGAAGGGGAGCUUUUGGUAGAUGGAGAGGGAUAAGUCUCAAAACCAUGGUGGAGGCUUACUACCUCCAUCAGGAAGGUGUGCGGUUUUUUCAUCUCCUGGGAGUAGUUUUAUUGUGAAAUCUGAUCCACUAGGAUCAUCGAAUCUGCCUGCAUUGGGACCUGGGGGUAAUAUUUCUGAAUCUGGUCAUUUUGGUCAUGGUAUGCCUUCGGAUUCUAGCUGGUUUAGCCAUGAUAUAAGCCAAAUGCCUGACAACCCGCCAAAGAAUUUGGGCCAUCGACGUGCCCAUUCGGAAAUUCUUACUCUUCCAGAUGACAUUAACUUUGAUAGUGAUCUUGGUUUUGUGGGCGGCUUUGAAGGACCUUCGUUCUCUGAUGAGACUGAGGAAGAUUUGCUCUCUAUGUACCUUGACAUGGAAAAGUUGAAUUCAUCGUCUGCAACUUCUGUAUUACAAGUGGGUGAAUCAUCUUCGUCAGCGGUUGCAGCAUCACCGGCUCCAGCAUCUGCAGCAGCGACUCCUCCUGCUGAGAAUGAGGCCCCUACCCAUUGCGAGAGGCCUAGAGUAAGACAUCAACAUAGUCAGUCCAUGGAUGGGUCGACUACAAUUAAGCCGGAGAUGCUAACGUUGGGUACGGAAGAGCAGUCUCUGGCUGAUUCUCAGAAAUCCAUCUCUGCCUCUAAGCUUGCCGAGCUAGCCCUUAUUGAUCCAAAGCGUGCUAAGAGGUAA